AGCCCUUUGGCUUUAAUAGAAGUAAAAAAGUAAAUAAAAAAAUUCUUGGAAAAGUUUGGCGGGAAUAAAAACAUCGGUUUGAUUGUUCGUUAAAUCGUUUUAAAGCUAAAUAUUCGUUAAAUUUAGGCAAAAAAUGACAGCAACAGCAACAUCUGCUACACAAGUAAGUUAUUGUUUAAAUUAGUUUAACUCAACUAGACAGAUACUGUAGGUUCAUAAUAAACUGGUACGAUAUUAUUUUAUUAAAUAAUAAUGUACUACCACAGGCAGUAUCAGAAUGGGUGAAAGUUUUUCCUAAGCAGGUAACUGAGAAUUAUACAAGUUCUGUUACCUUCAUGAAACAAUUGACAGUGGUAGCAGUGAGUACUAUAACGUACUUAAAGAACGCAUUCCCAGAGGACAGUUACACAGUGGAAACUUUUGGUGGCGUCAAAUUGCGUAUUCUUAAGAAAAAAUGUAGAAACGAACUAGCGCAGUUUUUAAGCACUGCUUUGACUCAAGCAUUUGAAGCGUUCGAUAAAAAGUUUGUAAGUUAUCAAUUUUAUAUUUUUCAUGGACAUCUACCUCCCGAUAUUUUUAUUAUUACAAGUAUUUUGUUCAUCCUAAAUAAGAAAACGUUCUUAUUACUCGAGUUUUAAAAUCCUUUAAAUUUACUAAUCACUUUUAAAUGUUUAUAUUCAUCAUAAGCAUUAUAAAUUAGUUUUGUAUCUAAGAAGUUUAUUUCUGUUCGGUGCGAGGUCACGUUUUUAAUGAUAUUCCACUGAAACUAUACAAUGCUUCGUGUUAGAAAAGCUUUACGAGCGUCAGAUAAAGAUGAAAUCUCACACUAAGCACGUACAGGCUAACAUAUUACACUCACAACCUCAGCUCCACCAGUUGGCGCUGUGUUUCUACGAGGACGAGUGUAAGCCGGAGAAUCUCAUAGAGUAUCAUAUAUUCGAGUACUCGUACAAUGACGACCGCGUCACUCUCGACCUACACUCUAAGAGCCGCCACAGCCGCGGUCGCCACAGUCGCCACACCGAGCACACGUUCGAGAGCGUUCGCGAGCGCACGGUUCACCUCAUACGGGCUUGUGUUGUUAUCAUGCAGUCCUGUCAGACGGAGCUGCCCGCCGCGUACGACGUCAGUCUGCGACUGUACUACAACCAGGACGCCCCCUCGGACUACCAAGCCCCGGGGUUCCUCAGUACCGAUGAAUCCGAGGACCACCUGGAGCCCUAUCUGGUAGACGCCAUCAAACUGGGCUGGGUGGAAACUCCUUACCAUAAGCUCAUAGCGAGAUCCUUCAUCAAGGAACACGUCCUCGCAAGCCACGAGGCUAUCCCUUCACAGAACCGUCCGAUACUAUCCAACGAGGUUCAAGCUUCCGGCUCCAACAUCGCACCUGACACCGAUAUCCAAAUAGUCUGUCCCUGUAACAGACAUGAAGAGGGAUGUGACGUCAGCGAGCUGCUCAAGUGUCUGUUCUGCGGCACGUACCAGCACGCGUGUUGUUACGGCGUGUGUGACGUCACGGCCGCCGCGUCUCACUGCUGUGUGUCCUGUUAUCAAACAGACACACACAGGACUCCCACUGAUAAGAAGCUCGCCACUCUCACACACGCCAAGAGAGAGAGCCUGUGUAUAUUCCGCCGCACGUUGGAGUGGUGCGCCAGAAUACCAAGCAUAGAUGGCGCGAGCAUAUCACAGAGGUUCCGCAUAUCAGAGACGAACGCCCACAAGCUGAUGAGACUGCUGCACUCACACGGAGUGCUGCCCGAGGAACCCACCGAUUCGAAAACCCCGCAGAAGAUAAUAACAGUGGCGCUUAAUUCGGUCAUGUCCAAAUUCUUCAAUAUGAACAGAGAUGUUGUGGAGCGGCUCCUGGCCGAAACCCUGCUGGAGGAGUCUGACCCGCUUUCGGGGGUCAUCAGCCCCUUCGAACAGGUGAGCCUGACAUCCGACGGCAAUAAGACAGGGGUCACGACCCCUGACACAAACAGACACACACAGAAAACACUGGAUCAGUACAAACAAGCUUUCUCCGCCGAGGACGAUGUGACGUUGGAUGAGAACCGCACUAAGAGGAAGUUGAGCGAGAGGAAUCUGAGGAAAGGGGUCCGCACCAAGAGGUCCAGGCUCCAGUAGACGCCAACACUCACUCAUUUCAUGAUUAUCUUCUUUCAAAUAAUUACAUUCUCAUAAAAAAUAGUUAAUUUUAUUAAUUAUACGUCUUAAAUUCAUAAGACAUAUGUCAAGAGAAUACAUUAUAUGUUCUGUUUAUGUUAAUUUAAUGGCAUAAAAAUAUUAUAAUUAAUAAACCUUACAUAAUA